AUGGCGAAGACGCUCUACGAAAAACUAUUCGACCAGCAUGUGGUUUGCCAGCAGGCGGACGGGCAAUAUCUGCUGUAUAUCGACCGGCAUCUCAUCUACGAGUGCACAUCGCCACAAGCAUUCGACGGUCUCCGAGCCAAGCACCGCGCCGUCCGCCGCCCCGACCUCACCCUAGCCACCACCGACCACACCGUCCCCACCACCUCCCGCACCGCCUGCACCAGCACCAAAUCCUACAUCCCCGACGCCCCCUCCUACACCCAAGUCCGCACCCUCACCCGCAACUGCGCCGCUCACUCCAUCGCGCUCCUCCCCCUCUCCUCCCCGCACCAAGGCAUCGUCCACGUGCUCGGGCCGGACCUGGGCUUCACCCUGCCCGGCGUGACGCUCGUCUGCGGCGACUCGCACACGUCGACGCACGGCGCCUUCGGCGCGCUGGCCUUCGGCAUCGGCACCAGCGACGUCGAGCACGUCCUCGCCACGCAGACGCUGGCCGUCGCGAGAGCACGCACCGUCCGCGUCAACGUCGCCAACGCGCUGCCCCCGCACGUCGCCGCCAAGGAUCUCGCGCUCGCGGUCAUCGCGGCGCUGGGGACCGCGGGGGGCACGGGCGCGGCGAUCGAGUUUGCGGGGGAGGGCGUGAGGAGGCUGGGUAUGGAGGAGCGCAUGGCGCUGUGUAAUAUGGCGAUUGAGGCGGGCGCGAGGACGGGGCUCGUUGCCCCCGAUGCGACGACCGUGGCGUAUUUGAGGUGGCGGCUGGGGGUGCCGACGCCGGGGAGCCGCGCGUGGCGGGAGGCGGCGCGCGAGUGGAGGGCGCUGGCGUCGGAUGAGGGCGCCGUGUUUGAUCGCGAGGUGUGGGUUGAUGCGGCGAGGGUGGAGCCGAUGGUGACGUGGGGGACGUCGCCGGAGCAGGUGGUUGCGGUCAAGGGGGGUGUCGUGCCUGGGGAGCUCGUUGGCGGGGGAGACGAUGGCCGCGGCGCGGCGAAGGAGCGCGCGCUGCGGUAUAUGGGGCUGGCGCCUGGGGAACGGCUGGCUGACUUGGAGGUCGACGUCGUCUUCAUCGGGUCGUGCACCAAUUCGCGGUUGGCUGACCUGAGGGCUGCUGCUGGCGUGGUGCGGCGAGCUCGCCGCCAGCCGGCUGUCGUCGCGCCGAAUGUCCGCUGCGCCCUCGUCGUGCCGGGAUCGGGUGCCGUCAAGCGCGCUGCUGAGGCUGAGGGCUUGCAUCAUGUCUUUUUGCGGGCGGGCUUCGAGUGGCGCGAGCCUGGCUGCAGCAUGUGCUGUGGGCUGAACGGCGAUGCGUUGAGGCCGGGCGAGCGCUGUGCCAGCACCAGCAACCGCAAUUUCGAGAACAGGCAGGGCGCCGGUGGCCGCACUCACUUGGUCAGUCCAGCCAUGGCGGCAGCCGCCGCGCUUAUGGGGCGGUUGUGCGAUGUGCGGGAUGUUGUUGAUGGCAGCGGUGACGACGACGACGACGACCAAGAAGAAGCGAAACCAGUGAGAGAUGUUGCGUUUGAACUCGACUGGGGGUCCUCGUCUGAGUGGGACAAGGAUGACGGUGAGUUUCAGGAACAGGAGCAACCCUCAGCAGCAAGUGAAGGCUCGGGCGGAGUCACUACAUUCACCACCGUCACCGGCAUCGCUGCUCCGCUCAACCGCGCCAACAUCGACACCGACACCAUCCUUCCCGUGCAGUUCUGCAAGACUAUUGAGCGCAGCGGCGCUGGCCUCUUCCAUAAGCUGCGCAACCUUCCCGGCACCUCCGACGAAGACCCAGCCUUCAUCCUCAAUCAGCAGCAGUACCGCUCGGCGACUGUUCUCGUGGCCGGCCAGAACUUUGGCUGCGGCAGCUCGCGCGAACAUGCUGUGUGGGCACUUCAAGGCUUCGGCUUCCGAUGUGUCGUGGCGCCCAGCUUCGCUGACAUUUUCUACAAUAAUGCUUUCAAGAACGGACUGUUGCCUGUCCGGCUGACAGACAAGAAAGCCAUGGCGCGUGUCAUUGCUGAAGCUGAGCAAGCCAGACCAAUCACGGUGGAUCUCGUGGCGCAGGAGAUCCGCAAUGAGGGAAGCGAAGUCAUUGCUACGUUCGUCGUGGAGGAGCAUCGGAGGCGGAGGCUAAUCGAAGGCUCAGAUGAUAUUGCAGCCACGCUGCAAAUGGAAGAGGAGAUUGCCAAGUUCGAGAGGCAGCGGAGAGAGAAGUUUCCUUGGAUUGAAGAAAGCGUGGGGUUCCUGCACGACAUUGAAGGGCGAGCGAGGGAGCUUUUGGCACUACACAGCAAGAGCACGGACAAGAUGGAUUGGUGA